AUGCACAGCUUUGCACGACAUUGCGGCGGCCCGCGCGGGCUGUUCGCUGCGACAGCGCGGACACAGCUGUUCGUUUCGCCACGGCUGGCGAUUCCAGCGGCAACGGCAUUGCCAUUGCCGUCACCGCGAUCCCACCGGCUGCCCGCCCUCUCGUCGCGCCCCUUACACACGACUGUCCCGUCGCGGCGGUCACGCAGGGACGUCCCGAAGGAGCCUCCGCCGACCGAUCUGAACGAGCUCAACGUCCUCGGAAACACGCCGGCGCCGUCGACGUCGGUGGACGUGUGCACAUAUGACGGCUUCGGCCUAAACAGCGGGGUGACUAUCACGGGCGGCAACGGGGCGCUGCUCGUCAAUGGCGAGGCCUUUGAGUGGCGGCCGUGGGAGGUCAAGGGGGUCAUGGAAGUGUCCAACAAAAAGGGCCAGUUCGAGCUGCCCAAGGAGGCCUUUGGACUGUUUGACAUGUUGUGGCCACGGCCAGACUUGCUGGUCAUUGGCGUGGGCAAGAGCAACAUGCCCUUGAGCCCGCAGACGAGGCAACACAUUGCCGAGCUGGGCAUGAGAGUGGAGGUGCUGGACACCAGAAACGCGGCCGCCCAGUUCAACUUGCUGGCGACGGAGCGAGGCGUCUCCGAGGUGGCCGCGGCAUUGAUACCCAUUGGGUGGAAGGAGGGCUUGGGCGCCGUAUGA